GGGCGCGGAGCGGGGGGCACGGCGGGGCCGGGCCGGGCCGGGCCAGGCCUUGGGGGGGGGGGGGGGCGGCGGCAGCAGGAACAGCAGCGAGGGCGGCCCCCAUGGCCGGGCAGUUCGACGCCGAGGACCGGGCGAGUUGGUAUUGGGGGCGGCUGAGCCGGGCCGAGGCGGUGUCGUUGCUUCAGGGGCAGCGCCACGGCACCUUCCUGGUGCGCGACUCCGGCACCAUCCCGGGGGACUUCGUGCUGUCGGUGUCCGAGAGCUCCCGAGUCUCGCACUACAUCGUCAACAGCCUGGGGCCGGCGGGAGGCCGGCGAGCCGGCGGCGAGGGCCCUGGGGCCCCGGGGUUGAAUCCCACCAGAUUUCGAAUAGGUGACCAGGAGUUUGAUUCUUUGCCACUUUUACUGGAAUUCUACAAAAUACACUAUUUGGACACUACAACCUUGAUAGAACCAAUCCCCCCCCGACCCAGGCAGAAUAGCGGCGUUAUCCUCAGACAGGAGGAAGCUGAGUAUGUGCGAGCUCUCUUUGACUUUAAUGGAAAUGAUGAAGAAGAUCUUCCAUUUAAGAAAGGAGACAUACUGAAAAUCCGGGAUAAACCUGAAGAGCAGUGGUGGAAUGCAGAAGACUGCGACGGGAAGAGGGGAAUGAUACCUGUUCCUUACGUCGAGAAGUAUAGACCUUCCUCUGCUUCAGUAUCUACUCUGAUUGGAGGUAACCAGGAUAGUUCCCACCCACAACCACUGGGUGGGCCGGAGCCAGGGCCCUAUGCCCAGCCCAGCAUCAACACUCCGCUCCCUAACCUUCAGAAUGGCCCUAUUUAUGCCCGGGUUAUCCAGAAGCGAGUCCCUAAUGCCUACGACAAGACAGCCUUGGCUUUGGAGGUCGGUGAGCUGGUAAAGGUCACAAAGAUUAACGUGAGUGGUCAGUGGGAAGGAGAAUGUAACGGCAAACGUGGUCACUUUCCAUUCACACAUGUCCGCCUGCUGGAUCAACAGAAUCCCGAUGAGGACUUCAGCUGAGUGUGGCUCAACAGUUGCGCUUGCAGAUGGGAACAAUCUCAACUUGUUUUUAUUGCAGAUGCCAUCAAGACUAUGUUUCGACAGAUGUUGAAAGCGGUAUCGCUUGUAUAAGCGUUCUGAUAACCUGCAAACCCCUGGGACUGAACACCACCAUUCCUUAAUCAAAGGUCAUGUAAUUCAGGGUACGACAGUAGAUAACUCGUGUGUCAAGUGGCAGAACUAGUACAUGAUUAUAGGUUGUAAUGCCUGCUUAUGUCCAUGUGCACAGCAGACUGGACCUUGCCAGCAGCAGCAGCUGGGGAAAGCAGUAACGUAGAUGUUAUGAUAGCGUUUAUAGCUCUCUCCAGUCCUUUUGUUUAUGUUGCUUCUUCCUCAGGCGAUGAACAUCAACCUUAGACAACUCAGUGUGUAGAUAGCUUGUUGGGUUUUUUUCCACAAAUUUAUCCUGGAGCUUUCUCCAUUUUUCUUCCAUCCUGAAUUCUCUGUCCCGGAAAGGCUAUACAGUAUUUUGCAUGGUGAAGUAACCGUGCACAGUACAGACUUUGGUAGAGCACAUUGGAGACAGCCUUAUGAUUUACAAAUACGUACCAUUUUAACGGUGAAUGACAGAUCAAAUCAACCUCAGAAUUCUAGAUGUUGGUGGACACUAGAUUGAUUUCUUCAGUACUGUUGAUGCUUCAAACGUAGCAGCUGAUUUUAAUUUAAAAUUCCUAUUAACACACCAAUCUCUCUAUCCACAAAUACAAGGCUUAUUGAAGUGUAAACAUCCACACCAGUGCUGAAAAAUACAUGCAUAGCACUUUAAUGCAUAGCUUUAAAGCAGUGUUUGAUUCACUAAAUAUACUAAAAUAUUUACACUGCUUUCAGAAAAAAAUAGAUUGCAUAGGGCCAGUUUUCUAGAAUUAUUCCAUACCCCUAUACGUUACAGUACAAAUCAGUGUCAAAAGUGAUAAACUGACAAACCAAAUACUACUUCUAAUUUAAAGUUACUCUGGGGACUCUUCUGGUUUAAUUCCCAUCUGUAAACUAUUUGAUAGUGAAUUCAUGAGGAUUUUAUUUUUAAUAAACUAACGGAAAAUACUUGUGUGCUUCUGGAUUGAUUCUCAAAAGGUGUAAUAGAGUAAAUAUGGCUUCAUAACUCUUAAUGAAAAUCAGUGCAUUGAAUAGGUGGUAUUAUGCGCUGCUUGUUGGUUUUUUGUUUGUUUGUUUUAAACCUGUUCUUCUAAUUAUCUGGUUUUCUUUAACAUAAAUCAGAAUGGAUUCAGUAAGUUUUGUAAACUAAAAUUAAACACUGAAGUAACUACCCCUUGUCUGUACCCUGGAUUGUUUUCCAAAUAUAGCACUCUAGUGACCAAACUUAAGCAAACAAAUUUUGCAACUCUGACUACAGUGAUAAUCUCUACAGAACAGUUUUUCUACAACAGUAUCAAACUGCAAAUGUUAUUUUGGUUGAUACAAAGCUUGUCACUAGAAUGUCUCAUUGGUUGUAAAUGCUGCGAGGGCUAGUUCCCACUGCAAAGGCUAUUGCUGCAAGUCACCCACCCAUAAAACAGAAUACUGGUAACACUUUACCUCAGAACUGUGUAACAUGCUGGAAAUGGUAAUAUUUCUGUUAUAUUUAAGUACUAGUUGCUUUACUUCAGAACUAAUCAUCAGCAAGUCUAAUUUUCAGGUAAUGGGCACCUGAUAAAUCUGUGGACUAACGCCGAUGUACAUUAAUCAUAGUUUGUUCCAUCACAAAUCUCAUCAGCACUACUAAAGAUCAUUAGAAAACUGACAUUUUAUGACAGUGACCUAAAAAUAACAGUAACAAAGGAAUUGCAGUACUAUUCUAGCUUGGAUCCCUAUUCUGGUUAGGGCGAUGUGCCAGUCUCUGAUUGUGAGAUCACUUCUGGCUGUGUAGUAAAACUAGUUUGAGGCGAAAAAAAAAUCAGAAACUAACACUAGGUUCAGUAACAAAUUGGUUUAUUUAAGGCUAGUUUGUAUUUUCCUCUGACCUUAGUAUUUACUGCAACUGAUUUUUCAGUAGCUGCAUUUUAAUACGGAUUUAUAUACUGAGCUUAUCAGUUGCCCAUAUAUGCUUAUAUUUUUCUUCAGGUUUUGCAAAAGAAGCAUAGUGAACUCUGUUGUUAAGAGUAACACAGUUUGUUCUGAAGUAUUUUUUUUUUCCAAUUCCAAUUAACGAAAGCCCAUACAUUUGUACCUUUCCAAUCAGCAAUUAUUUUAACAUACCAAAAGAACUUCUUUUUUUCUGAAAGGAAUUUUAUUAUGCAAAUACUGCCUUUUUAAUAUGGCUUAAAUUGAAUCGUCAACUAGCAAAUACACUGCAGAGUUUGUAGGUGUGUUUUUGUGAAGACUGUAUAAAUUGCAAAUAUUUGUACACUUUGAAAGAGCAAAAAAAAA